AAUGGUGGAUGAACCCUAACACACAUGGAAAAAUCACGAGAAUCAUACUUCCUUCUUUUGAGUAUUACCAGGCUUAUAAUUUAUUGAUAGUUGCUGAUAAUUAAAUGUACUUAAUCAAUCGUUGAUACAAAAACAUUCUGUGUUUUUAUGAAUUCUUUAAACAAUCAUUGAAUCAAAUGCCAAACCAAGAUCUAGUCAACAGCUCAUGUCACCUGAAAUGGUUUUAACUCACAUGGUUUAAAUUCAUGACUGGUAUUUUGUGCAAUGUGAUUGAAUUGUUGACAUUUGCUUCAAACUUUAAUUGAGGACUUAGUUUGGUGUGACAAUGGAAGAUGUGGAUCCUUUGGGGACACGACCCACAGUUGUGCAAAUAGAAGAUCUCACUCGGUGGAACCUUACAGCUUUGUUAGAAACAAGAGAAAAUGAUAAUAACUCUGAAGACUUUCAUCCGUUUCCUUGGAGAAAUGACUUAAAUGCUAAAAUUAUUCUAUGGUGUGGUGACGUAACAACAUUAGAUGUACAUGCUAUUGUCCACUCAACAAAUGAGAAACUGAAUGAUAAAAGUAUAGAAACAGAGACAUUGUAUGCCAAGGCUGGACAGGAACUUGUAGAUGAGAUUAGAAAUAAUGUGAGAAUAUGUAAAACUGGAGAAGCCAAGUUAACAAAAGGCCACAAACUUCUUGCCCGAUAUGUUUUACACACUGUUGGACCUCGAUAUAAUGUUAAAUAUAUCACUGCUGCUGAGAGCGCCCUCUAUAGUUGUUACAGAAAUGUAAUGCAAUUAGUCAGAGAGAAUUCUAUAAAAUCUAUAGCACUGUAUCCUAUACAUUCAACAAAAAGAAGUUACCCUGUUAAUGAAGGAGCACAUCUAGCCAUUAGAACAAUUAGAAGAUUCUUAGAGAAAUAUGGAGAUGACAUAGAGACAAUUAUAUUUUGUUGCAAUGAAGAAUCAAUUGAUGCCUAUUUGAAAAUUUUACCCUUGUAUUUUCCUCGAAAUGAAACUGAGGAAAAAAUAGCAGUAACAGAAUUACCCCUAGAUAUAGGUAAUGAGGAUGGAGAACCAGUAAUACCAGAACGACAGAUUAGAAUUAUGGAUAAACCUACACUGGCAGCCAUGAGGAAAAGUUCUCUUGAAGGAUUUGAAGAAACAGUAGAUUUAAACAAAGAAUUUGCAACUUCAACUAUUGUUGAGGUUGGUAGGCAUCCAUUUGCUAAGAUGGAAGAAAAUCCUGACACUCAUAAAAAGUCACAUAUGUAUGGUAAAACAACAGAUGAACAGCGAGAACAGGACAACAAACGGAGAUAUGAGAGGUACCUAAAGCGAGCCAAGACGGAAGAUUUAACAGACAUUGCAGCACUAAAGUGUUUAUACAGGACUGGUACUGACAAGUUUGGGAGACCAGUCAUAGUGUUUGUCGGCAAAUUCUUUCCUGUUAAUACUGUAGACUUAGACAAGGCAUUCCUCUAUUUGAUAAGAGUUUUGGAGCCGAUUGCUGAAAAAGAUUAUGUUGUUGUUUAUUUUCACACUCAGUCUACGGCAGAAAAUCAUCCAACCAUGAAUUAUCUCAAAAAUGCAUAUUGUGUACUGGAUGAGAAGUAUAAAAAGAAUUUGAAGGCUUUUUAUGUUGUUCAUCCAACAUGGUGGUCAAAGUUGACGACAUGGUAUUUCACAACUUUCACAGCGUCAGAUCUCAAAAAUAAAGUAUACAACUUGAAAGGUGUUCAGUAUUUAUAUGGUACAAUUUCUCCUGAUCAACUCGAUGUACCAUCGUUUGUUAUAAAUUAUGAUACUGAGAUUAAUGGAUUUAGAUAUUAUGUUCCACCAGAACAAGAAGAAGCCACUGGACUGUGACGAAAGUUUCUUGACUUAGAUAGAAAGUACAC